AAUGCUCACAUUCAUAUCAUAUCAUCAUAUUCCAAGAGCCCAAAGCUUUGGCAGCAAAGUCAGUAGAUGGCGCUAACUGUUCCUGAAUGUGCGGAAUGUAGCGGAUGUUGUAGGUUCUACCGCUCAGAGUAUCCCGAGAGCAGAUUGUUCGGCUCUUUUUGCCCUAUUGCUACAAUGUCUUUCCAUCUGGCGAGCACAGUCCGUGGAUUGAAGCCGAUAAACGAGCUAUACACUUCCAGAUUUCAAUGCUCUGCUAUACUUCAGGUUUAUUCAAGUAUAUUGGAACAGCUUUGAGUGUACCAAGAUGGCGGCGAAGUGUCCGUGGUUUUCAAGGAAGGAAGGCCGUCCCAGUUUCUCUAUGGUAGAGGAACAGCUGAACGGGGUAGCCGGGAUGCAAGUGGAGGACUCACUGCUGGAGGAGCAUCGGGGACAAGCACUGUCGGCGGGAUGGCUGCGAUUAUCAAGAGGCAGAUUCUAAAGCAUUUAUCGAGGUUUACCAAGAACUUGUCACCAGAGCAAAUAAAUCUGAGCACCCUGCGUGGUGAGGGACAGUUGACAGACUUGGAGCUAGAUGAAGAAGCACUACAGAACAUGCUUGAUUUGCCUACAUGGCUUGCUAUCACACGUGUUUACUGCAAUCGUGCUGCUAUUCGAAUACAAUGGACAAAGCUGAAAACGCAUCCAAUUUGUUUGAUGCUUGAUAAAGUUGAAAUUGAGAUGAAAACCUGUGAAGAUCCUCGACCACCCAAUGGACCGUCUCCGAUAGCACUUGCAGCAGGACAAAGUGAAUAUGGGUUUGCAGAGAAAGUGGUAGAAGGCAUGUUACUAGAGAUUGGCUGUGUGAUCAUCAAGAUUGAGUCUCAAACAUUUCGCGCAUCACUACAGCUUUGGCAGCUUCAAGGUUACAGUGUUAGUCCAACAUGGCAACAAAGUGAUUUACGAUUUACCCGCCUUACCCAUCCACAAAGAGGAGAGGUUCUCACAUUUAAGCAAGUGACUUGGCAGACCUUGCGCAUUGAAGCUGAUGCAUCUGAAAGUUGUGAAGAUGUUCCCAGCACUCCUCUACGUCUUCUUACCAGUGGUGGAAAAUUGAAUGUUGCCCUCAAAAGAAGAACAAAAGAUUGUAUGGUCCUUUCCACCAAGCUGUCAUUUUUCUUAGAUGAGCUGCUUUGGGUCCUCACAGACUCUCAGCUACGGGCAUUGCUUUCAUAUACAAAAUCCCUAAGUGAAGCUGUCCAAAAAUCUGUGAGGCAAAAAGAGCAGUUUGGAGUGGGACAGGUGCCAUCCCCCACUACUCCACCACAGUGGUCACUUUCCUCUCCCAUUUCCAGCACUUCUAGCCUUGGACAGUAUUUCGACAAAUUUGAUGUGAAGGAAAGCUCAUACCAUUUUCUCAUCUCAAGGCUAGAAAUACAUGUGUGUGAUGAAAGCCAAACAAGAGGUACAGUGUCCGGAGGAGCGGUACAAAUGACUUUCCGGAAAAUCAUUUUAGACUAUUAUCCUACCCACAAAGAAGGACAGAGCUGUGCCCAUUGGAAUCGUCAUUCCCCUGUAAUGACUACUUGCGAGCAGUGGACUCAGGAUCUUACAAAAGAAAGACAAGCCAAGGAAGACUUUAACGUUAGCAUGUUAGGAAAAAUUCCUUCUCCAAAUAAUGAGCAAGGGAAUGCAAAGCAACCUUCUCUCUACUUUCGUUCUGUGCUUAUUAGGAUUGAUGAUUUGGAUAUUCAUCAGGUAUCUUCAUCUGGACAGACCCCUGAAAGACCACCUCUUCUUUCAUGCCAUCAUAUUCCAAGUGCUUCUUCUGCUGUCCAUCUCCAAUACAUGGAGUAUUACCGUCUACCAGGAGAGUGUCUUCCAGUUCCUCCUCCUGCUUUAUACAUACAGCUCCAUGGUCUGCUUCUAUACCUUGCUACCCAGUCCAUUCUUUGGUUAAAUAUUUUUAUGCUAGAUUUGUCACAUUACUUACAGCAGUUAACAGAUGUAAGUAGUAUGGUGAAUGAAGGAGCAAUGGAGGAUAGAGAUGUGCGUCUAGAUGGAUUCAACCUUAAGCUUAGUUUUCCUGUGACAGCUCCUGCCUACAGUCCACCUGAUAGACCAUCUUCUAUUUGUGCCCAUCUCUCCUCAGUUACCCUCACUAACACACGUCAGGCACCAGGCUCAAAUCUAAAUCUACUUCAAAGCAUCUUUCGAUCCUUUGCAGCACAUGAAGAUUUUCAUUGGCCUCCAGGACCCCUGCAUCCAGUAUUUCUUUCCCACUUGUAUCCAUCUUCUGAUACUCAACAAACAUCAAUGUGGACUUUACACAGUGCUGGCUUGUCUUUUCAUUUUGAGGGAGGGAUUGUUAAGCAUGAGAUACUGUUACAUCAUAUGCCUUUUACAGCCCUGGCCUGCCUUUUACUUCCUGAACUAGAGCUUCAAAUCAUUAUCAAUGUGGAUGAUGUAAUACGACUACAAUUGAAUCAUUAUCAUUACCUAACCAUGUUACGUUUUCAGGAACAGUUGCAGGCUUUAAUUGAUAACUUGAAACAAACAGCAAAUUCACAGUUGGAUUUUUUAAUACAUAUGUCCCCUUCCCACCAUAUGAAAAUAUGUGUUGGAAUGAAAAUACCAGUUGUCACUGUUUCUCUUUUACUUCCUGCCUCAAUCUCCCCUGUAUCCCCCGUGCAACCAGAAGACUCUGAAAGGAGCAGUCUUGUAGGAUCUGAACUGGUGAAAGAGGCAAUGACUUGUGAAAAAGGAGCAAACAAGACACAACUAACAAAUAAAAUUGAACUUGUAGAUACUUUUCUUUGUCCUGAGCGAGGCAAAGAACCUGAGGAUGUAUUGACUCAACAGAACAAUAAUGAAGAAAAAGAUGAUUUGAUAAAAGACAGACUACUGGGGAAGGUUGAAGCUGUACAGACAAAAGAAGACCUUUUACUGGGGAAGGAGUUUGCACGUGACACUUUGCUUAGCACACUUGGUUUGACCCGUGAGACUUUUAGCCUUGGAAAGGAACGUAUGCAGCGCUUUCUGAGUGAUACAAAACAUAAAGAUGUUGAUAUGCCGCAUAAUCGGAUGAGUUCAGCCCUCAUUCGUACACAGUCUUUAGAUACUCUCUCUAUAGAUGGUCUGGAUGUGUUGUCUUUGGACAGUGAAACUACUGAGAAUUUCAUAUUAAAAUUAGAUGCAGAAAUGAUUGUCGACGGAGAAAGUGUUUUACCAGAACAAGAUGAUGCAUCACAAAGUACAGAAGGCCCUGAACCACAGCAGAUUCUUACAGUGGCCCUUUACAAUGUUUACUCUGUUUCACGGCUUUUUGAGGAUGAUUUGUCUGUUACUGUUAAAGCUUUAGACAUCAGCUGUGCUAAGAAAUUGGAAGAUUUAAAAGAUCUUUUAGCAAGUCCCCCUGUUACAACAAAAUCUUCUCCACAUCUGAUUUUGAAGUUUGAUCUUGGUCCUGCUGCAGCCCACCUUUCUCCACUUGCUGUACAUAAUGGCUUUUUACGAUUACAUAUUCAAGACUUCAGGUCAGAGAUGCCUGUUUCUGCUCUAACUCAUAUAGGACCUUUCCUAGAGGAUGAGCAGAUUCCGGAAAUACUACCUAUGAUUAUUGAAGUUACCAACAGCAGGAUUACACUAAAAGAUGAUGGUCCAAGUAUCUACCCCUCCCCAGUUGUUCCCGAACCAGUUGCCUUUUCAGUGGAACACCUCAAAGUCCAUCGGCAAGAGGAUGGAGUUUUUUGGCUCACUGGUAUGUGUACUAGUCCUGUAAAUAAUAAACCGUGUCAAAUCUUAUACAUACCUGUAUCUCAACAAUUAUAAAGUAGAAUUGUAAUU